CGCUUUAACACAUCGACUUCGGAACAUUAUAUAUAUAUCAUCACAGUUCUUAUAUAACUUCCAGUCAAAACAGGGACAGAAAUCUCUAGCAAAAAAAAGUAUAUAUAAAUUGAUGUACAAGAAAUUCCUAUGAUGUUUGGAUCCGAAUCCUUUGAUGCUCUCUGCGGCGUGGGGGUCCCGCGUCCGAACUUCCAGCGGCUGAUUGCAUACGUAGAGCCCAACGAAGGUGGCCACGAGGAGAAUCUGGAGAUGCAGGUAUGGCACCGGCGGAAACGAAACUCCGCCAGUGCAUCUUCGAUCAGCGAGACGCGCAUGUGCUGUCCAGAGGCCUUUGUGCGCGCCACCGUCGUAGAGGUGAAUCCGCAGACAGGACAACCAAUGACACGGGGUCUCACCUUCCACCGCAGUCUGUGUCCCACAGUCCUGCUACCUCACUCAUCACUCAGCCGGCGGUCUAAGGUCAUGGACAUCUGUCAGGAGCGGCUGAACCAGGAGAAGUGCCCUACGCUAGACAAGAAACCAACCUUCACCAAGCUGGAGGUUAUCUGGCAGUGUCCGGACCGGUCUCUUCAAAGAGUACGUGCUCAAAUGGCUUUCAGUUGCGAGAAGCUUUUGGAGAAGGGGUUUUAUUCCAUCCAGGUGCACCACAAGGCUCUGCAGACGGAGGAGGAGCCGAGAAAACUGACCCUGGACAAAGCUACCUCCGUGGGCGGCUUCUCCCGCUCAAUUAUCGGAAAUAAGUACGCCAAGGAACAUCUGUUGAAAAAUAAAGCCUAUACCAGAAAAGCCAGCUGUGUGCAGGAACACACAAGGGUUCCCAGCACGGAGGUCCGUUCAAACCUGCCUGCUUUCGACGUGGAGCUCAGACGAUUGCUGACCCAGUACGGGGUGUCUGCCUGCCAGCUGACCAAAAUGCUGCAGCGGUUCGUCAUAAAAGAGCUGCCCGGAGACCAGGCAGGGACUCAGUCCUUGAACAUACGGGAGACGGAGCAGAAUGCCAGGAGCAGGAGAAAAAUUCAGCGAUUUAGCGAGCCCAGUAGCGACAAGGAUAAAGAUGGAUCGGGCUACUCUGGCGACGAUGACAGUGAUGCAACAAUCACCGGCGGUAAGGAUGUAGAACACCAGGUUGUGCGGAAUCCGGAUUUAGUAGCUCCCAAUCGCUCACUGAGCUUCAUCUUAGCCACGGAUUCCCAGGAGAUCAACGACCUGUCCACGGCGGCAGGCUUAACGGCUGCCUUUGUCCGGCGGCAUAAGUGCUUCCAGCUGCUGGCCAGGCAGUCCAGGAGCCAGUCACCGCCCUAGAAAAGUCCAUCUGUUCGAUCUCUGCCACGCUGACCAACACUGGAUCCCAUUUUCCAACAUUGCCAGACCGUCGGUGAAAAUAAGAACACGUCGAGAAUUGUAAAUGGAUUAUCCGCGAAAAUAAGGAAGUAAAAGGGUCAAGCUUUGGUGGCAAAACACAGUGAAGCAAGUGCAGGGAAAUUUAGAAGAAGCCCCAAGUUCGAGUCGCCGGAAAUCCGCACCCCCUGCUUGCUCUACGUGAAAAUCUCCCGACUUGGCAACCUCGCCGUUUUUCCCGCCUUUUUCUAUGGCGAUUACAUGUCCAUGAGGAGCGAAGCGGGAAGAGCAGCGCACACCGGCAGCCACUAGGAAAAGUCAGCGAGAAGUCCUCACCGCCCACAGCAACGUUCCGGUUUCCAAUACCAUACCGCCUGUGCCUGUGCCGCGG